CAGGCAGAUGGCCGGCGCCGGUGUGGGUGGGUUUAUUAAACAUGGCAGUGCCGGCUGGAAGAUCCGUGGUGUUUGUAACAGGAAACGCGAAGAAAUUAGAGGAGGUAGUUCAAAUCCUUGGUGACAAAUUCCCCUAUAAACUUAUUUCCAAGAAGAUUGAUUUGCCUGAAUACCAAGGAGAGCCUGAUGAGAUCUCCAUACAGAAGUGCAAAGAGGCAGCAAGACAGGUAGAUGGGCCAGUGAUUGUGGAGGACACCUGCUUAUGUUUUAAGGCUUUAGGAGGUCUACCAGGGCCAUACAUAAAAUGGUUUCUGGAUAAACUGAAGCCAGAAGGACUGUACAAGCUUUUAGCAGGUUUUGAGGAUAAAUCAGCCUAUGCUCUGUGCACAUUCGCCUUUUCUCCUGGCAGAGAAGAGCCUGUUCAGCUUUUCAGAGGGAUCACCGAAGGCAGGAUUGUGGAGCCCAGAGGCCCCCGAGACUUUGGAUGGGAUCCCUGUUUCCAGCCUGACGGCUAUGAACAAACUUAUGCAGAGCUCCCUAAAGAAGUGAAGAACACCAUCUCUCACCGGUACCGUGCCCUGGCAGCCAUGUCUGAACACUUCUCCAAACCAAACGAUGUCCCAGAGACCAAACGCACCAAACACGCUGACUAAUCACUAACAGGUUGAACCAACUGGAAAUCGGCUCGUCCCAUUGAUAUUGGGCAUUCGGCUCACGUGACGUGUUGCAACGAUCAACCCGAGACUCGUAAAAAAAAAAAAAAUGCAGGCACUGCAAUACAUUUUUAAUAAAUAAAAACAUGAUAUACCGUA